AUGCCCGACUUUGUCAAACGCACCAAAGCCACUCGCAGCUCCAAGAGCGGGCCCGCUCUCGUACUCGUCAAGCUCCUCGACGGCGAAACCCUUCAGCUGUACGCUGAGCCCUCGACCACGGGUGACGACUUUCUCAACCAAAUUUGCACUAUGCUCAAGAUGUUUGAAAAGUACUAUUUUGGUCUGAUGUACUACGAUCAAAAGAACGAAAUGGUUUGGGUGGACUUGAAGAAAAAGUUUUUGAAACAGGACAUCCCCCGCCCAGCCGACGCCGACCACUAUGAGCUGGAGUUUCGCAUCCGCUUCUUCCCCGUUGACGUCACCCACGUCCUGCAAUACGUUACCCUGUACCAGACUUUUUUGUCUAGUCGACAAUCGGUCAUCAAAGGAGAGCUGGAAAUCACCAACAAGGAUGCCUUCACCCUCGCAUCCCUGGCGCUGCAGGCUGUGCUAGGCGAUUACGAUGAAACCAAGCACACCCCAGAAUUCAUGGCCAAGGAACAGCUCAUCCCUGAGGCCAACAAGGACGACAUUAUUCGUACCAGCAACAUCAACGUCGCCAACAUGCAGACCUUCUGGGCCGAAGAGGUCAUCCGCGUCUGGAAAACCCUUCGCGGCAUCCUCCGCCAUCUUGCCGUCCUCAAAUACAUGCAGGUGGUGCAGAAGCACCCCCAAUUUGCUAUGCUUCGCUACGACAUCAAGAACAAGAAUGGAACACCCCUUGUUCUGGGCGUCAGCCCUCGCGGUCUCUACGUCUUUCGUCUGAACAACAUGCAAAAACCGGUGGUCACUUUUAGUUGGGCCGAAUGUAGCGAACUGGCGUUUGCCGACAAAAAGUUUACCAUUUGUGUUCAUGACAAGGCCACAAAGGAUUUCAGCGUAUUUUUCAAUCGCGCCAAGACUUGCCAGCGUAUCUUGGACAUGUGCGUCGGCUAUCAUAGCCUGUACGUACAAACGGUGCACAAUUGGGAAAACCCACCCCCUGAGCAUCGCGCCAUGCGUCAACAAGCCAUUCAGGUAGGCCACGGCCAAGUCCUCGCCUCGCCAUCCUCUGGCAAGAGGGCACUCUUGCAACUUUAUGCUCUAUAG